AUGGCGGUCAACUUUGCUGCUGAAGAGGCUGCAACCCUCAAACGAUGGCGGGAGAUAGAUGCCUUCCAGACCCAAUUACGCCUAUCCCAGGGCAACAAGCCUUACACUUUCUACGAUGGGCCUCCGUUUGCGACCGGUCUGCCUCACUAUGGCCACUUGUUGGCUUCCACUAUCAAGGACAUCAUCCCCAGAUAUUGGUCCAUGAAGGGCUACUAUGUCGAACGCAGAUUUGGCUGGGACACUCAUGGCCUACCCAUCGAGUAUGAGAUUGACAAAAAGUUCAAUAUCUCUGGUCCGGCCGCGGUCAAAGAGAUGGGAAUCGCCAAAUACAACGCUGAAUGCAAAGCAAUUGUCAUGAGGUUCGCCACCGAAUGGCGAGAGACCAUUGACCGACUCGGCCGAUGGAUCGACUUUGACAAUGAUUACAAGACCAUGAACCCGACCUUUAUGGAGUCAGUCUGGUGGGUGUUCAAGCAGCUGUUCGACCAAGGACAGGUCUAUCGCAGCUACAGAGUCAUGCCCUUCUCCACGGCCUUGAGCACUCCUCUCAGUCAACAUGAAGCUCAAUCAAACUACAAAGAAACAUUCGACCCGGCUGUAGUCAUUGCUUUCCCCUUGGUCGAUGACCCCAAGACCAGCCUUCUAGCCUGGACAACCACACCCUGGACUCUCCCUUCGAAUAUUGGUCUGGCUGUCAAUGCCAACUAUGAAUACAUCAAGUUCUUGGAUCAGGAGUCGGGACAACAGUUCAUUAUGCUUGAGAAAUUGCUCAAAACAUUGUACAAAGACCCAAAGAAAGCAAAAUACACCAUCUUAGAGCGCAUCAAAGGGACCGAUCUCAAGGACAAACAAUACAUUCCUCCCUUCGACUAUUUCUAUGACGAUUUCAAAGACCGAGCCUUCAAAGUGUUGAACGCAAGUUAUGUCACCGACGAUGAUGGUACUGGCGUGGUACAUCAAGCUCCAGCCUUUGGUGAGGAGGAUUUCCGAGUUGCAAUGGAGAAUGGUAUCAUCAGCCAUGACCAACUACCUCCUAAUCCUGUUGACGAUACUGGUCGAUUUACCUCAGAAGUCCCUGAUUUUGCUGGCCAGCAUGUUAAGGAGGCCGACAAGCAAAUCAUGAAGCAUUUGAAAGCGAGUGGAAAGCUGAUCAAAGACAGCCAGAUCUCCCAUCAGUAUCCAUUCUGUUGGCGGUCAGAUACUCCACUCAUCUAUCGGGCCGUCUCUGGGUGGUUCGUCAACAUUGCCGGAAACGACAAAGUGCCCAGUAUCAUCCCUUUGAUGCUGGAUGGCAUCGCGAAAUCUCACUGGGUACCCAACUUCGUCAAAGAAAAGAGAUUUGCUGAGUGGAUCAAGAAUGCCAGAGAUUGGAACAUCUCAAGGAACCGUUACUGGGGUACUCCAAUCCCUCUCUGGGCGAGUGAAGACUACUCCGAAGUUGUCGCGAUUGGCAGUAUCGAGGAGUUGAAGAAACUCAGCGGCUAUAAGGGUGAGAUCACUGAUCUCCAUCGAGACAGCGUUGACGAAAUCACCAUACCCAGUCAAAAAGGAAAUGGUGUCCUCCGGAGAGUCGAGGAAGUCUUUGACUGCUGGUUCGAAUCUGGGAGCAUGCCGUACGCUUCGUCGCAUUAUCCCUUUGAGAAUAAGGACUUCUUUGAGCAGACCUUUCCUGGUGAUUUCAUUGCAGAGGGUCUUGAUCAAACCCGUGGCUGGUUCUACACCUUGGUAGUCUUGGGCAUCCAUCUCAAGAAGAUGUUGCCCUUCAAGAACUGCGUGGUCAAUGGCAUUGUCUUGGCUGAAGACGGAAAGAAAAUGUCCAAGCGACUGAAAAAUUAUCCCGAUCCUACCACAGUCAUCGACAAGUAUGGUGCCGAUGCUCUACGCCUUUACAUGAUUAACUCGCCCGUGGUACGAGCCGAACCACUGAGAUUCAAGGAGACUGGUGUCAAAGAAAUUGUGGCGAAAGUUCUAUUACCCUUGUGGAACAGCUACAAAUUCUUUGAAGGCCAGGUCCAGCUGCUGAAGAAGGUCGAAGGAAUCGAUUAUGUUUUUGAUCCUGAAGCCGAAACAACCAACACUAACGUAAUGGAUAAAUGGAUCCUCGCAAGCACGCAAACUCUCCUCAAAUACAUCAACGAGGAGAUGGCAGCAUAUCGACUCUAUACCGUUGUACCUGGUUUACUGAACUUGAUCGACGAGACUACAAAUUGGUACAUUCGUUUCAAUCGAAAACGUCUGAAGGGUGAAUUGGGAGUAGAUGACACUCUGCAUGCCCUCAACACCCUUUUCGAUGUUUUGUACACGCUUGUUCGGGCACUCGCCCCGUUUACCCCUUUCAUUGCCGACCUCAUCUACUCAAAGCUUCUUCCCCAUAUCCCCAAAUCUCUUCAUAGCAAGGAUGACCGAAGUGUACAUUUCCUCGCAUUCCCAGAACUUCGGGAAGAGCUUUUCGACCCGAUCAUUGAGAGAAGAGUUGGACGGAUGCAAAAAGUCAUUGAACUCGCAAGACAAUCCAGAGAACGAAGAACAGUAGGGUUGAAAACUCCACUUAAGACACUUGUGGUCAUUCAUACAGACCAACAGUAUCUGAACGAUGUCAAAUCUUUGCAGGGAUACAUUACAGAAGAACUGAAUAUCCGAGAUUUGGUGCUAUCAUCCGAUGAGGAGAAGUACAAUGUCCAAUACAGUGUCAAUGCCGAUUGGCCUGUUCUUGGAAAGAAACUCAAGAAGGAUGUACAGAAAGUCAAAAAAGCUCUUCCCGAUGUCACGAGCAAUGAUUGCAAAGCCUUCCUUUCCGACAAGAAGAUAUCGGUGGCUGGUAUUGAAUUGGUGGAGGGUGAUCUCGUGGUAAAACGGGCACUGAAACAAGAUGAAAACUCCAAACAUCAAGAAACAAACACCGACGAUGAUGUUCUGACUAUUUUGGAUGUGGCGAUCCAUCCAGAACUUGCACAGGAAGGUCUUGCUCGCGAGGUCAUCAAUCGUGUACAGCAAUUGAGAAAGAAAGCAAAUCUCAAACCAACGGAUGAUAUCAAAAUGGAAUAUCGGAUACAGGAGGAUCCCGAUGACAUUGGACUGGAGAGUGCAUUUGAAUCACAGCGUGACUUCAUUGGAAAGGCCCUCAGAAGGCCAUUAGACAAGCACAUUGCCACACAGGUCGAGGGAGCUGUAGUGAAUGGAGUGGAUGAGGACAAAAUCAUUGCGGAGGAGGUUCAAGAGAUCCAGAAAGCGACUUUCUUGUUGAGGCUGUUAAAGCUUUAG